AUGCCUAUAUUCUCUUUUUCAGCUUUAGAAAAUGGUAAAAAUUGGAUGGAUCAUCAUAUGAAAAAUGAACAUGAUACAGAAUCCUAUGAUUUGGACACAUUUUUUUAUCUACAUGAUUUUAAUUUUAAUGGACAUUGGAAUGCAAAAGAUUUUAGACGAAUAUAUGGUUUGGAUAAUGAAGAUUUAACAGAAAAAGAAAAAAUAUAUUUAGAAAAGAAGCUUUUGUCUUAUAUUGAUAAAAAUGAAGAUGGAAUUGUUACUCUUGACGAAUUUAAAGAGUUUAUAUAUGAAGGAAAUAUGUUGCCAGAUCUGGGCUUUGAUGGACAUCAUGAGGAUUUUGAAACAGAAUUUAAUAUUCAUCAUAUUGAAGUUUAUCAUAGAAAUUUAAAUGAUAAUUGGAAACAUUUUGAAGACAUUGAACAUCUUAAAAAACACAAUGAAAUUUUAUAUAAGGAAAAAGAAAUAUUGGAAGAAAAAUUAAGAAAUUUUUAUGCAAUGAAAAAUAUAAACAUUAUCAUAAUACCAAAAAAAUACUUAAAAAAAUAA